CUCCAUGACAUGAGCCCCAGCACGACCAUACCAAACACGCUUCCAUCGUCCUCCCACUGAGCAGGCGCCCCAGCUCGCCUCACAGAGACCGUGCUCGCCUGUCCGCACCCACGUAGCAGCAGCCCCUUCACCCGCCGCAGCAUACCUCUGCCAUCGCCAGCCAACCUCACUCCCCGACCAACAACGAAGCCGUCCCGCUCGCGGACCCUUCACCACCACAUACACCACACACAUGUCUGAAGUCCAGGCCAGACCUGCCACUCGGGGCAGGAGCUCAGCUCGCGGCGGCAGAGGCGGGCACGGAGUGCGAGGCCCUCGCAAGACGACAAACGGCGACCAUGUCGCCGCCUCCACACCCUCCGACACGUCUGCAGACCAAGGCGAGCUCGGCGAGCUGAAGAGGAAGUAUCUGUCGCAAUUGACCACACUGAAGGAGCUGUUCCCCGACUGGUCUGACGUCGACCUGGUCCUCACGCUGCAGGAAACCGACGGCGAUCUUCAAAGCACAAUUGAGCGUAUCACCGAAGGAAAUGUCUUCCAAUUUGCCGAAGUCAAAAAGACAAAGGAUCGAUCUCGCUCCAAGGUCAAGGACACCACCAGCACCCCCUCUGACACUAUCCACCCUCAGGCUGCGACUCGUGGAAACCGGACUCGCGCUGGCCAGGAUAGUGUUCGCGGCUCGCGUGGACGGCCCGAACGUGGUCGCGGCGGCACUCGAGGAGGCCGCGGCGGAGCUUCUACAAAUGGUACACGUGCAACUGGCCCAGAGUCGAUUCCGACGACCGAAUCUUCUGUGUGGGAGACUACUCCAGCUCCGGCGGACCCCAAGCAGAGCACUCCGGCGUGGGAUCUAUCAGCAGUUGCUCCAACUGCGGUUGCAGCUGCGGAGCCUGAAGCGCCCAAAACCACAUCUGCCCCUCCAUCUGGAGCGAAGAAGACAUGGGCCAGCAUGUUUGCGGCCUCGAAGCCGCCACCAGCGUCAAAGCCGGUAGCCCAGCCACCCCCGGUGCAGGCAGAGCCAGAGAGUACCCCGGCGGAGGUCCCCGCUCAUGAAGUAGCAGCUGAGGAGACAGUAGCAGAGGAGCCUCUACCAAUCCCGCCAGUCACAGACGAGCUUCCCGAAGACGAUACAGUGUUGGUAGAGGAUGGUAAUCGGACUCCUACGAAGCCAACGGAUGGUUCUGUUGGUGAUCUGACACCGUCCAAGGAUGAGUUGACGGAGGACAAUGUAGAACAUCUCCCGGACGCCUCAAACCCCGCUCCAACGGAGACUGCUGCUAGCACAGUCGCGAGCUCUAGGGACAUCGGCAGCGUGGGUACUGUUGCGACUCCGCUGAGCAACGCAGGUCAGGCACCAAUCGGCCGGCCAGCAAUGGGAGGAUAUGCCACUACCGCGCACAAGGCCACAGGCGCAGCACACAGGAGCGCCAGCUUCCAGAAGCGGUUAUUGGAACAACAAGAGGCCGUUGUUAUGCCUGGAAAUCACGCAGUGGACAGGGCCGCAGUACAAUUUGGAAGCAUGGGUCUGAAUGGCGAUGUGAAUGCGCUAGACGUCGACGAGGACCGAGAAGAGGCAGAGACGCGGACUCAGCCGCCACAACACUCUCCAGUGGCACAACCGCGGGCUGCUCUUCCCCCAGCCCCUAGACAAGCCGCUCCUCCAGCGGAGCAUCAACCCCAGGAGGCGUCGCCAACCCCCAAGCAAGCGCCAGGCUUACCACCUGUGCCGCAACACCAACAGUCGCCACAAGCAUCGCUUGGGCCUCAGGUCAUGCAACAGCAAGGCUCACAAACUGGACAACAGUAUGGUCAAUUUGGGCGCUACGGACAAAGUGCUGAGGCAUCCGCUCCCGCUCAAAAACCAUACGACCCAUUCGGACAGCAAGCCCAGACAAGCCAAUACGACUCGUACCCAAGCCAGGCUCAGACCGCGGGUGCACCACAGCAACAGCAGCAAGGACAAUCCCAAGGUGCAGGUUUUUCCGCUCCAAGCGAAUACUCGUCGCAAUACUUCACGACCGACCAGCAACGAAAUGCGUACAACAAUUACUACCAGAACUACAAUCAACAGACCGCCGCGAGCCAACAGGAAGCGGGAAGUGCGCAACAGCGGACCGGAAGUGCCUUUGGUACUGGCCCAAGCGACUCAUCGUUCCCGCCGAGUCAGCAGGCUCAGCAGGCACCAAGCCGCUACGGCGAGGCGCAAAACAGCGGACACACAACACCGAAUCCUGCUUUGGGCGCCCAGCAUCCAACUGGUCCUGCCUCGCAACAAGGCCAGCACAUGCACCAGCAACCACACACUCAACCGGGCCAUGCUGGAGGAUAUCCGUACAACCACCCCUACUAUGGUAGCCCAUACUAUCAGAAUUACAUGAACCAGUACGCCGGCUAUGGCCAACAAGGCUAUGGAGCCUUCGGCGGAGGUAAGGGUAUGUACAAUCAACCUCACCACGGCUACGGCGUUUCUCCGCAAGCCUCCUACGACCAACAUUCGUCAUCUCCAGCGAACGUUGGCGGAUUCGGUCAAACAUCUAUGCACGGACGUGACAGCGCGCUCGGCAGCGGUCUUGGAGAGUACGGCAGAUCUGGCUCGGCACAGCCUUCUCAGACUCAGCACAACGCCAGCGCCGGCGCAGGCUUUGGCGGCGUUCCCGACCUCUUCAGCCGCUCGCAGGCCGGCGGAUACCAAAAUCAGCCCUACGGGCAACAACAAGGCGCACAGCAGACCGCGAACGAGGAUUCGUUGAAGCCAUUCGGCGACUCGAAGACCAGCGGCGGGCCCAGCCCCUCUGCGCUCGGCCAACCCGGUCGACCAGGUUCUGCGACGAACAACACCCCCGGCCAGGCCAGCCAGAGCGGCCUACCGCCCCCGCAAUCGCACCAGCAGGGAGGCUUCGGCGCCGGCGCGUAUCCGAGCCAUCUGAACCAGCUUCAGGGCGGACAGGGCAACCAGUACGGCGGCGGGCUUGGCGGCUUAGGUGGCCAGGGCCAGCAACAUGUCGGCGCGCAGAGCCAUCAGCAGAGCGGUGGGUAUGGCCAGUAUGGCGGAUUUGGCGGUGCGGGCUACGGCAGCUACAAUCGUGGUGGCUGGGGCACGAAUUACGGGCAACAUUAGAGCAGAUAUAAGCUGAUUAAGGAGUGGAUUGAUUGGGUCAGUCCUGGUUCUAUGUUUUGAUUCAUUGGCAAAGCAGAGAGAAGAGGGUAUGAGUGAAGGGAGCA